AUGAGUGGCCUCACACGUUCAGGCCAUGCAUUUCGCGGGGCCUCUCGCUCGCAGACCGCAAGCAACAUGACUUUGGAUCCAAAGACCACCAGCCGAGGCCAUCAGUUACCCGACUCCUUACCCAACCACAAGCUCAAUCUUCAACGCGCAAUAGAUUACUACGCUCACUUGAAGCAUUCAACUCAAGUUCAAGUUCAACAGGACCUCUCCUCCAACCUCUUCUCGGCUCUGAACCCACUUGUCAAUCACAAUAGUGCGAAGAAAACAGUUCUGCCUGAUCGAUCAAAGCCCAGAAUCAAUUGCAAGUCCAUGACUCCCAAAAUUGCCACCAAUCCCGCUCCAACAUACAUACAAGACAAGAGAGAGCACGAAGAGGUUCUCGAGAAGGGAGAAGAUGCCUCUGUCGACCAGCAAGCCAUGACAGCCCUCAAUCACCCAAGCCCAGCGCUGAUCGACAGAGUCCUGGCUUUGAGCAGCAGCCUAGACGAGCUCAACAAGCAUUAUUACUAUGAGAGCGAGACACACGAGACCCUCCAGAAAAAACGCUGGCUAUUCGUCGGAUGCGAACCAUGGUCGCCGGAGGAGUCACCUCGACUGGAGACGCCGUUUUCUCGGACCCUCAUCUCUGAGAGGUUCCCAAGCAUCAACAUUGACCUCUCUCUGUACACUCUCAGCGGUGAAUAUGAUGUCAGCAUCCUAAGCAACCUGCCAGAGGAUUCACUGUUUAAAUCUCGUAAAGUCAGGGCCCCUGAGACUUGGGGCACGGAGCGUUCAGAGAAGCGCGUCAGGCUCACUAUACCUGAAGUCGUCGAUGACUGA